UAGACAAAUAGCGACUUCCUCAAUGUUGGUAUCUUUACAGCUCAUGCGUGCGACCUUUGACGCAGCGUCCUGUUAGAAUUUUGUACUUUACCCCCCACAUGAUCUCGAGAUAUCGAAUAUGUUCCUUAUGAGGAGAGCUGUAGUGCUGCCCCUCACGCGGACCAAUUCCUGUCGGACAUUUUGCGUCUCCAAAAGUCUCCAGAUGGAAAGAAAAGGUUUGGUGCUGGGAGUGUUCGAGAAGAAGGAAAAGGAAGGCAGCCUUCAUUUGACGGGGGCAGCUGAAGGUUUUGAUCGUAAAGUGUCUGGAAAGCUGUCCGAAUUACUGAAAAUUUCCGGAUCGCCUCUUAAGAAGGGCAAAAGCAGGGUAUUCUAUGGAGUUCACAAGGACUUCCCAUGUGUCGCCGUAGUCGGUCUGGAUGAAGUCACAGCGGGUGUGUGCAGGGCAGAGAACUGGGACUGCGCCAAGGAGAACAUCCGCGUGGCUGUGUCGGCGGGCUGCAGGGUUCUCCAGGACCUGGACGUGAACCAUGUGGAGGUGGACGGCUGCGGCGACCCUCAGGCGGCAGCAGAGGGCGCCUUACUGGGCCUGUUUCAGUAUGACCAGCUGAAAUCCAAGAAAAAGCCCAAAGUGACAGUGCAGCCUCAUGCCAGUGCUGAACUGACAGCGUGGGAGAAAGGAGUGCUGUACGCCGAAGGGCAAAACCUAGCCCGCCUCCUCAUGGAGGCCCCAGCCAAUCACAUCACUCCCACCGCUUUCGCCAAGACCAUUGAAGAGCGGCUGGCGCAAUAUGGCGACCGGGUAUUAGUCCAUAAGAGAUCACAGGCGUGGAUCGAGGAGCAAGGGAUGGGCGCGUUUCUCAGUGUAUCCAAAGGCUCGGAGGAGCCCCCUGUCUUCCUGGAGCUGCAUUACAACGGCUCACCCGACAGCGCUCAGGCCCCUCUGCUUCUGGUCGGCAAGGGCAUCACCUUUGACAGCGGCGGCAUUUCUCUGAAGCCUUCGGCUUCCAUGGAUAUGAUGCGAGCCGAUAUGGGCGGAGCCGCCACCGUGUGCUCCACGGUCGUCACGGCGGCUGCCCUCAAGCUGCCCAUCAACAUCAUCGGUCUCGCUCCACUGUGCGAGAACAUGCCCAGCGGCAAGGCGACCAAACCGGGUGACGUCAUCAUGGCAAAGAACGGGAAAACCAUCCAGGUGGAUAACACUGAUGCAGAAGGCCGCCUUAUCCUCGCCGACGCGCUCUGUUACGCACAUACCUUCAACCCCAAAGCUGUCGUCAACGUCGCUACGCUAACAGGGGCCAUGGACGUCGCGCUAGGCUCGGCGGCGACUGGAGUGUUUACCAACUCUGAUUGGCUGUGGGAGCAGCUUCAUAAGGCCAGUAUUGUGACAGGCGACCGAGUAUGGCGAAUGCCUUUGUUCCAGCACUACACCAGACAGGUGACAGACAGCCAGCUGGCCGACCUCAACAACAUCGGCAAGUACAGCAGGUCGGGCGGCGCAUGCACGGCGGCGGCGUUCUUGAGGGAAUUUGUCACUUCGCCACACUGGGCUCAUCUGGACAUCGCAGGAGUGAUGAGCAACAAGGAUGAAAUUCCAUACUUGAAGAAGGGCAUGUCAGGAAGGCCAACGCGCACCCUGGUGGAGUUUGCGGCUGCUUUGGCGCACAAUAAAUGAGCAACUUUACAAAUGGGGGUGUCUUUAGUAGGGGUGAAAUUAGUUCUUGAAUUAUUUCCUCAAACUUGAUU